CUCUACUAUUUGCAUUCCUAUCUGAAUUUUGUUAUUCGGGUUAUUAGGGUUUUUGGUGUUUCUCUAACCAGAACAGAACCAAGGUUUCUUUCUCCCAAUGGGAAGAUACCGAAGCCGUAGCAGAAGUUACAGUCCUCGCCGGCGUAGCCGAACUCCACCACCUCGCGGUCGUAAGCGUUACGACGAUGAUCGCUAUCCUGACACCAGGUCUCACAGAGAUCGUCGUUCUCCUCUUCCUUCUGGAUUGCUCGUUCGUAAUCUCCCCCUUGAUGCUAGACCUGAAGAUCUUAGGGGACCGUUUGAGCGCUAUGGUCCUGUGAAGGAUGUUUACCUUCCUAGAAAUUAUUACACUGGUGAGCCUCGUGGUUUUGGAUUUGUGAAAUACCGACAUGGUGAAGAUGCAGCUGAGGCAAAGCAACAACUUAACCACACUAUCAUUGGUGGACGUGAAAUAAGAAUUGUGUUUGCUGAGGAAAACAGGAAAACACCUCAAGAAAUGCGUGUUACUUCUCAUGGAAGUGGUCGAAAUGGAGGUGGUAGUAGAAGGAGAGCUCGGUCAAGAUCCCCACGACGCCGUUAUCGAUCCUACUCUAGGUCUCGCUCACCUGCCAGGGAUGAUUCAAGGGAUGGCAGGGGUAGAGAUGAUGAUUAUUCUCCAAAGCGAUCAAGAUCUUAUUCUAGGUCUGUCUCUCCUGGUGGUGCCAAGGAUGACAGAAGCCCUCCUCGUGCCAAGGACGACAGGUCCCCUCGUGCCAAGGAUGACAGAAGCCCCUCUCGUGCCAAGGACGACAGGAGGUCCCCUCGGGCCAAGGACGACAGGAGAUCCCCUCGUGCCAAGGAGAAUGGUCGCAGUCCACAUGAUAAGAAGGAUCAGGCACCUAGCAGAUCUCCGAGCCCCAGGGGCAAUGAUCGCAGUCCUUCAAGGUCUCGUUCGCGGUCUUACAGUCCACGCUGAUUUUCCAGCAAGCAUAUGAGGUACCCUUGUGCUCAAUUUGGUCUUUCCUAUGACAUACUGGAGAUAAACAUCGACCUUUUGAAAGACACUGAUGUAGCUAUGCAAAAUCUGUUGAGGUUUAUUUCAGUCAGUCAAAAACAAUUCCGGUAGAUAAUAGUUUGAGUUGGUGUGUUGCCAUUUUAAUAGAUACUGCCUUUAUGUCUAGGCCUUUUUGUCUGUUUUCUGAAUACUGUUUUUUUCCUAGUUGAAAACUUCUUUUUUUUAGCUAUCUUAUAUCUUUCGAGCA